AUGGAACGGCUGUGUCAUCUGAUCGAGAUUGCUAUUGCCGAAAAGAAGUGGAGGCCGAUUAAACUGUCACAGGGGGGACCUCAGCUCUCACAUGUGUGCUUCACUGACGACCUGAUCCUCUUUGUGGAGGCUUCAGUAGCACAAGUACGAGUGAUAAGACGGAUUCUGGAGCAGUUUUGCGUCGCUUCGGGACAAAAAGUAAAUCUUGAGAAAUCGAAGAUCUAUUUCUCCGAGAAUGUAAGCCGCGACAUGGGGAAACUAAUCAGCGAAGAGAGUGGCAUCGGAGCAACUCGAGACUUAGGCAAAUAUCUGGGAAUGCAUGUAUUGCAGAAGAGAAUCAACAAAGACACCUUUGGAGAGGUGCUGGAGAAAGUUUCAUCACGUUUAGCCGGCUGGAAGGGACAUAUGUUAAGUUUCGUUGGACGAAUCACACUGACAAGAUCAGUAUCAUCAUUAAUCUCAGUGCAUACAAUGAGUACAAUGGUGUUACCACAAUCAACGGUUGCCAGACUUGAUAAAACCUCGAGAAGCUUUGUGUGGGGAGAUACUACAGAACGAAGGAAACAACAUCUACUCUCCUGGAACAAGGUGUGUCGACCUAAAGGGGAAGGAGGCUUGGGGAUUCGUAAGUCGCAUGAGAUGAAUAAGGCCCUCAUAGCAAAGUUGAGUUGGCGUUUACUGAAGGAUGAAACCUCACUUUGGGCAAAAGUAUUGCGGAGCAAAUAUAGAGUUAAAGACAUCAGAGAUGCGUCUUGGUGGAAAACUGCAGGGAAUUGGUCAUCCACAUGGCGAAGUGUCCUGAAGGGAAUGAGAGAAGUGGUGAUACCGGGGCUGAGCUGGGUGAUUGGAGAUGGAAAGUCCAUCAGUUUCUGGACCGAUAGAUGGUUGUUGCCAACUACGUUACUGGAGGUAGCAGUGGAUGAGAUACCGUCAAGGCUGGUAGAGGUGAAACCCAGAGACAUAUGGCAGUCCGGAAGCGGCUGGAGACAAAACGAAAUAGACCCAUAUAUCUCGGAGGAAACGCGACUGCAACUCAUGUCGGUGGUCCUCGAUGAAUACACAGGCGGAAUUGAUAGAGUGUCAUGGGGGCAUACUCUGGACGGUGAAUUCUCGGUGAAGUCUGCUUAUACGUUUCUCACUAGAGAUAUCACACCCGGACCAAGUAUGAACGCAUUGUUUACUCGAGUAUGGCAGGUGAUAGCCUCGGAAAGAACCAGAGUGUUCCUUUGGCUAGUCGCACGACAAGUUAUUAUGACUAAUAUGGAGAGACAGAGGAGGCAUCUUAGCGAUACGGGAAUUUGCCAGGUAUGCAAGGGUGGAGAAGAAACGAUCCUUCAUGUACUCAGAGACUGCCCGGCGAUGUCUGGAAUUUGGAAUCGAAUUGUACCAGCAGCGAAGAAAAGGGAGUUUUUCACCACGCCGUUGCUGGGAUGGUUAGACCGAGUGAAAUUUGUCAGAGAUCUUGCCAAAGCAGCAGCGGAUGCGCACACCAAAGCGCGGGUGAGAACGCCUGUGGAAGCUAGAGUCGAAAGACAGAUAUCAUGGACACCCCCGAUGCGUGGAUGGUUUAAGGUGAACACUGAUGGAGCUUCCAGGGGGAACCCGGGUCGGGCCACAGCAGGAGGGGUUCUCAGAGACGAGGAUGGCGCAUGGUGCUGUGGAUUUGCGCUUAAUAUUGGGAUAUGUUCAGCUCCCCUGGCCGAGCUAUGGGGGAUAUACUACGGCUUGUAUAUGGCCUGGGAAAUGCGGAGGUGGAGGUGGAUUCGGAGGGAAGCGAAUCGUGUGGCUGAUGGGCUCGGGAACCACACUUUCUCUUUACCGUUUGGUUUUUCUUCUUUUCCUUCUCCACCUAGUGAGGUUCUGCCUCUGGUGAAUGAAGAUGUUAAUGGCUCUACAAGAGCUCGGUUUGUACGAACGUGA